CGAACGUAGAUUGGUGUCUGUAGCAAAACAUUCUGCAUUUAAACCAUUCGUCCAUUUCUUUGACUCCACGUUAUUGGGAAGAUUAUUUGAAAAUAUUUGCGGUAGCAGUAUGUUUUUACUAUAAAACAACAUUUUAUGAAAUUUAAGAGUUUAUGUAAAUGGUACAAAAGGAAUUAAUCGUAUGUUGCUAUUAUAUGUAGUCGACAGCACCUGCUUUUGGUGUAACGAUCAAAUUUGUAAAUGAUUUUUUCUUUUAUGCGUCUUGAGUAGUGUUGUCAUUAUGAACAUGCUGCAGUUCGUUGCUGUUGGGCUGGCAGUACAUUUGGUUUUCUUUUACUCAAUAUUUGACAUAUAUUUCACCUCUCCCCUUGUCCAUGGUAUGACUCCACAACGGACACCUCUGUCGCCUCCAGCUAAGCGAUUGGUUUUAUUUGUGGCUGAUGGUUUAAGAGCUGACGUACUGUGCAGAUUGGAUGAAAACGGGUCUCCUAGAGCGUCAUAUUUAAGGAAGGUGAUAGAAGAGAAAGGAAGCUGGGGUGUGUCUCAUACCCAUGUUCCCACUGAAUCCAGGCCUGGCCAUGUGGCUUUAAUUGCUGGGUUUUAUGAAGAUGUCAGUGCUGUUGCAAAGGGGUGGAAGGAUAAUCCUAUUGAAUUUGAUUCUGUUUUCAAUGAAAGCAAGUACACUUGGAGCUGGGGAAGCCCUGAUAUUCUCCCAAUGUUUGCAAAAGGUGCAAGCAAAGAUCACAUCUACACUUUUAUGUAUCCAGCUGAGAAUGAGGACUUUGCAGCAAAAGAUGCUUCCAAAUUAGACACUUGGGUAUUUGAUGAAGUGAAGAAGUUCUUACUAUCUGCAAAAACCAAUGACACUUUACUAUCCCAGUUACAUGAGGAAAAUAUAGUUUUUUUCCUCCAUCUACUUGGACUUGAUACAAACGGACAUGCACACAGGCCAAUGUCAAGGGAAUAUAUAGAAAAUGUCAAAAUAGUUGAUGCUGCUAUUAGGGAGUUUGUGUCCCUAAUUGAAAACUUCUAUGAAAAUGACGAAAAGACUGCUUAUGUUUUCACUUCAGAUCAUGGCAUGACAGAUUGGGGAACUCAUGGAGCUGGUCAUCCUUCAGAAACAAUGACACCUUUGGUUGCUUGGGGUGCUGGAGUCCAGCAAGCCCAGCAGGUUGCAAAACAGAACUUUCCAGACAACUUACUUCAAGACUGGAAACUUGAAAAUAUAAAAAGAACAGAUGUCAAUCAGGCUGAUGUUGCUCCAUUAAUGGCAUCUUUGAUUGGAGUUCCUCUUCCUCUUAAUUCUGUGGGACUAUUACCUCUUGAAUUUUUGAAUAAUACAGAUCUCUUCAAAGCAGAAAGUAUGUAUUCAAAUGCUCUCCAGAUCCUAGAACAGUAUAAGGUUAAGAUGGCACAAAAACAGAAAACUACCUUAUCAGUCUUAUUCUCCCCAUUCAAGCUUCUUCCUGAAUCGAAACAGAUUGAUUUCAUUUGGAAGAUAAGAAAUUUAAUACAACAAGAAAAAUAUAAUGAAGCUAUAAACCUUUGCAAGAUUCUGAUAAACCUGGCAAUGGAAGGACUUUCAUAUUACCAUACAUAUGAUCGGUUCUUUCUUGGAACAAGUAUAGUGUUUGGUUUUGUGGGAUGGACAUCUUAUGUCAUACUUAUAAUCCUAAAAAUGCAUGCAUGUGUGAACAAAUCAACUAUGGAAAAUAUAAUGUUUCGUGGCCAUCCUCAUUCCAAAUUCUUUCUUGCCUUUGCCAUGGCUGUAGCAUUUUUUCUGUUAAUACAGGCUAGUCCUUGGACGCACUACAUUUACUGUCUCCUACCAGUGUUUAUGUGGCAUUCUAUCUAUAAAGAGAUCAUGACAUUUCAGGAUAUUACCAGAGUUAUAUUCCGUCAUCCAUUUAUUCACAGCCUUGGAUUUUUAUUUGUUUUCAUUUUGGGAAUUGAAUUACUGGUGCUUAGCUUUUUCUUUCGAUAUAUGCUAACCCUUGGGCUUGCUUUCUUGGCUGGUUGGCCAUUUGUUUCAAAACUCUGGCAUCAAAGAAAGGUUGGCUCACUAAGCUGGAUCUUUGGUUGUUUAUUUCUGGCAGUAUUCCCCUUGAUGCCUGUUGUAGGAAGAGAAGCCAAUAUCAACCUUGUGACCAUUGCUGGAAUGGCAGCUGUCAUUAUUGGUGUAUUUUGUAUUGUAAUCUUAUGGAAUAUUAGUAAGUCUGCACAACACAGAAGGGAUUUGGAUAUCCUCUUUUUCCAGGUAUUGCAUGUGAUUUUAUGUAUAUAUAUAGUAAACAGCACCCAGUACAGUCUGAACCUCAAACAAGGGUUGCCACUAUUCUGUCAAGUUGUAAGCUGGGCAACACUAGGCUGUUCUUUUGUGGUACCUUUACUGAGCUCAACACUCUUACUACAACGACUGCUAAGUAUAUUUCUUUCAAUGGUAUCAACCUACAUUUUACUCAGCACUGGGUAUGAGGCAUUAUUUCCUCUUGUAUUGUUUUACCUAAUGUUUGUCUGGAUUAACAUGGAACAGGAGGUGAAUCCUCUUGUCAGUAUUUCCCCAUGGGUAAAGAUUUUUAGCAUAGACUUUUCUGAGAAUACUGACUAUGUAAACUUAAGGCCACUCCAACCAGAUGACAUCAGGCGAUCAUACUUUUUUGUUUUCUUUAUUGUUACUGCUUUCUUUGGGACUGGAAAUAUAGCAUCAAUUAACAGUUUCGAUCCAGCUUCAGUGUACUGCUUUCUAACAGUAUUCAACCCUUUUGUAAUGGGAUCGCUGAUGAUGUGGAAGAUUCUAAUACCAUUUCUAAUUGUGAUGUGUGCUUUUGAAAGCAUUCAAGUUUUCACACAACUUUCAUCUAAAAGCCUUUUUCUCACUGUCCUCGUCAUAUCAGACAUAAUGGCUUUGCACUUCUUUUUUCUAGUGAAGGAUUAUGGAAGCUGGCUAGAUAUUGGAACAAGCAUCAGUCACUAUGUUAUUGUGAUGUCCAUGACCAUGUUCCUGAUGAUUCUGAAAUUGCUGGUUCAGAUUCUAACAACAAAAAGGAUUAACCUACAUGGAAAAAUUAAAAUGCACAUGAUGUGAUCAUGCUUUUUGUUACUUGAAAAUAAUGGGUCUGAUUGCCCAGAUAUGUUGAGCCUUAAUUAUUUUGUUAAUGUUCUCCUAUCUCCCAUAGUACUUUGGCAUGUUUAUUAACUUAAUUAUCCCUCUGUCUUGCUGUUUCCUGGAUAAGAGUACUAGUAAAUAAUGAAAUGAAGAACAUUACACAAAACCCUUACAUAAACAGUUUUCACUUUUGUAGUUGUUUUUGUUUUUUUUUUUUUUUUUUUUGGAUAACGUAUUCAGUCUUUCUUGUAAUCAUGUGUGACAAGGAUUGAAAAUGUAAAAGGUCUCAAGUCACAUUGUACAAAUGUUAGCUUUAACAAUCAAAGUCAAAGUUUUUUCCAUCCCUUCAAUUUGGAAAUACCAAUAUAAAAGCAGAAGUUGUCUGGUAUGUAAUAAGAAUUUUGCACAAUUACUGAUAUUUUUAUUUUGUUUUCAGUAAAUUAUUGCAACAUAUUUCCUUGUUAACAAAAACAUAAAAAAAUGCUACAAGGCAAUGAUUAAGCACUUUCAGCAUAGUUAGAAACAUUACAAACUGCUCAUCUUAGUUUUAAUUUGAUGAGACAGGCUAAUAUAGCUUAUGCAUUGACAUUACAGUUAGAUUUCCCUAAUAUAUUUGGUACAUGUGUACAGUGGUUUUGAGUUUUUCAGUUUGAAAUGUGCUGUACAAAAAUUGAACUUUGUAAAAAUGAACAGACCUUUGAAAGGGAGUGUAUUGUCAUAUAUUUUAGAAGCCAUUCUCUUUAACUAUAUUUUUAAGCAGUGUAAAAUGCAUACAUACAAAAGUCAGUGUUUUAUUUUUUGGCAGUAACUAAGUACCUGCAGUUAACAAAAUGAAAAAUGGUCAUGUUCAGAGAUAUAGCUUAUAUUUAAUGUAUUAUUGAGAUCUAUGUGCAUGGUAUCUUUAUAUGCAUAAUUAUGUUUUAUACUGUAGCCUAAAAAAUACAUAACUUGUUUGGCAAAAAGCAGGAGGCCAAUUUUUCAAGAAAGUAAAGGGUGCCCAAAGGUUAAAUGUCACUUUUUUCUGUCCUCCAGAAUACAAGGGUGUUUUUUUUUUUGUUGUUUUUUUAAUUGAUCUGACAGAAUUACUAACUCAGUUAAGAUCUCUUCCAAGGUAGUCAGUCUUGUAGAUUUUAAUAUCCACAUAGACAUUCCUACAUGUAAGCUGACAAAUGAAUGCCUAUCCCCUGCUGGACUGUUUUGACAUCGUGCAGCAGGAUGAUUUUUCUACCCAUUCUGAUGGUUUCAUAUUUGACCUGGUCUGUACACCUGAAUUAUAAUUUGCCAGGCUCACAGCACUGAGUUAUGCCACUCUGGCCAUAAAG